CUUAGAAAGAUUAAUAUGCAUCCCUGUCAUCCACAUCCGAAUAAGACUGUUUUAGCUUAACUGCCAUAUGGAUGCUGGUACAAUACGGGCCACUUAUCUGACCAUAACCUUAGCCCUUAGUUCUGACGUAUUUCGUGUCCAUCAUAUAAGUUUAGGGUCGACAUAUCGUGCAUAUAAUAUUCUACGACUCUAAAAUAUAGCUUAUGACAUGGUAACUUUAUGCAUUCAGUGUUUAAACGUAUACAACGCGAUUAAGCUCACGUGUGUCAGGUUCUAAAAUCCAGUUUACAUUUGCGAUUUGAAGCGAUAAAUACUGAAACUCCAUCCUCUGUAUCGCUUCUGUGGUUGUUGUAAGUAUAGAAAGCGUCUACUCUCUUUUUGUGCAUUUUGUUACUUGAUAGCAAACUUUAGAGAACGUUAAUUAGCAGCACUUAUCGACGGAGCCUGUAGGCGCAUUGAGAGGGUUUGGGGGAGCUCCCUUUUCACUUUUCCAAAUAUACAUUCUUGCUGCCAGUAGUAUAUUUUAAGACCUCGUAGAACGUUGAGAAGUAACUAAUCAACAGGGGGCAUGAUGUAAGUGUUCUCGUUCAGUUCAUGGUUGGAAUUAUUUGAAAAUUGACUUUUUGUUAAAAAACAUUUCUUCAUUGCUGAAACUUCGAUUAUAUUGUGAAAUAGACGGAGGAUUCAAUAAAGAGGAAUGGAAUCCGUUUGCACAUUUUUCAACUUUUUUUUUGAUUCAAAAUUUUAGUAGUACACGGUGUCUGUUAUGAAAGGCGGGUGGUGGGGGUGUGCAGUGGUACUAGUAGGUGCCAUAUCACAGGAUCGUUCAGUCUCAAAAGCCUGCGAUGAUUAUAUGUUGUUCGUGUGCACAGGUUAAAAAUAACCCUGUCUUGGGUAAAAUUUUUGUCAGAGAAUUUUGAAAUAUUUCAACGCCUUCGCUCUUCACAGCACAGGACUUGGCAGAGAUCUCCUGCAUGAGGAGCUAUUUUUUUAUAAGAUAUGGCAGGCUCUAUGACUUAAUACCCAGUACGUGUAGUGCCCCAGAGGCCUAUGAAUUAAUGUUUGCGUAGGUUGGUUAAUAAAUCUGUCUACAAGUGCUUCAAGUUGCCAAAAGUAAAAGAAAUACAUCCCGUUUGCCUUUUUUUAAUCAAAUACAAAACAAAAACUAGUUUGGCUUCAGGGUCCUGGAUUCAUAAUAAUGAAUAAAUGUCUCAGCAUACUUUUUCUUGUUUACGUCCAAGUUUUCUAUUUAAAUGUUCAUUGCAUUCUUGCCGAAUGAAAAGUUCUAGUUGGCUCCUCCCAUCCAACUCGGCAACACAUGUUCGCCUCCAGCCAAGAACUGCUGAUAAAGCCAAGCAAGAGAUCGAUUCACAUUGAUUGUAAAUAAGCCUUCAAUUUACUUCUUCAUUUCAAAUUUGGCAGAAAAGGAGGUAUUACGAUGUUCUGAUCUUAGAAUCACCGUUCCGCGAUAUUAUGAUAUCAGAAAGAUUUGUUCCCAUUGCGCAACUUAGACCCGACAGCACAAAUACAGCUUUAAAGCAGAAUACACAAGAACAACAUAUUAUUACCGCACGAAGAAAAGGAACAACAAGAAUCUAGAGGAUUACGUAGUUUCUCUGUUCCAAAUAGAAUUCAUAUAAGUCUUGAUUUAUGGAUAAGAUUUAUAAGGCAGUCAGCAGAGUAGAACAACGCUCGGUGAAUUGUAGCUCAGGAACAAUCCGGAGAAUUUGGGUCGUUAAAAACCAUCAAGAUGCAGACGGACUCUGCAAGUUUGCCUCGAAUACCGAGCUGUUUCCCAGUGGGCUUUUUACUUAGUUACCGCCAAGAUCGGACUUCAAUUAUCUGAUUGAGCCUAAUUGUAUAUUGAUGACUUCAUCCCGUUAGCUCGCGUAGUACUGUGGCUCGGUUGUGUACUGUCAGCUAGAUCAAUCCGAGAAAAGGCGUUGUAAGAACUCCAGAUUUGUAUUCAAUGGUAUUUGCUGUACAGUGGGAGCAUAUCGGUUCAUGCGAAAGAUGUUGUUCAGUGGAUGGCGCGAUUUCACAGCCAUCUGAGCGUGAAGUUACGUAACACAAGCAACUUGUCGCGCAUGCUUUAAGCCUCCAUUCGCCCUGGUGCAGCCAUUAAAAAGCGGAACUCGGGUUGGACAGAUAGCGUAAAUCCAUGGUAGGGGCAGAGAGGGCUACAGAAUCGUGCAAAACCAGCCCGCCCUUGCUUGCACCCACAGGUCGAUAAACUGGGUUGUCUGCGCGUGAGCUUGACAAUCGAUCUGACAACAUUGCCUGUGGAAAGUUGUCACCUCAAGGAGUUAUGGACGUCUGAAACGUCGUGAUUUUAUUUAAUGAUGCCACCAGAAGGCUUAGGUCCGGUGAAUGGAACUCCUUUGCUCUACCAUAACUCAACUCCGUACAAUGAUGAAGUGGAAACGAUUAUCAGUCUCACCACUGACGUUGAAGGAGAAUUGCUGCAAUACAUAACAUACAAUGAUACAAGGCAUAAUUAUUCCUACACUGCGACUGAGAGUAACUCAACGAACAGCACAAUGCCAGUCCCGUUACUGAACUACCCGGUGUGGCAAGCCGUUCUUAUCUCUCUUUGCUUUGCUGCCCUGAUCAUAGGGACAGCGGUAGGGAACAUACUGGUCUGUAUGGCCGUGGGGCUGGUCAGACGACUACGGACUCCGUCAAAUUUGCUCAUUGUUUCUCUUGCCGUGUCGGACCUCUUGGUAGCUCUUCUAGUCAUGCCGUUAUCGGCACUUUAUGAGCUCCAGGGAAGGUGGACGUUAGGACAUCAAAUUUGUGAUAUGUGGACAUCACUAGAUGUACUACUGUGUACGGCUUCCAUACUUAAUCUAUGUAUGAUUAGUGUUGAUCGCUACUUUGCCAUUACUAGACCACUUCAGUAUGCCAUGAAAAGGACACCAAAGCGUAUGGCCAUCAUGGUCAGCAUGGUCUGGAUCGCCUCCGCUCUCAUCAGCAUCGUUCCUCUGUUCGGUUUCAGGAAAACAAACGAACGCGGGACAGAUGGACAGUGUAUCAUAAAUCAGUCCAUAUUUUACCAGAUCUAUGCAACUCUUGGUGCCUUCUACUUACCGCUGUCAGUUAUGAUCAUAGUGUACUUUAAAAUAUACAUGGUAUCUCUACGGCUUGCGGAAGCGGACCACCGUUCCGCUGCCACCAGUUCAAUUUUGGGACAGGAGGCCUUACUAAGACCUAAGUUAUCGAAUGAGGAAAACCAUAACUGGCCAACCACGACACCCAAUGGGGACCUGACGCUCAAGGUGAAAAACAACGAGGACACUUACAAACAAAUACAGCAUCACAUAAAUGCCAAAGUUCAGUCGAAGUCGAAGUCACAUAGACCUUGGAAAUUUCUUAAGAAAUGUCCUUGUCGAUUCCGAAGAAUAAAAUCUCAUCAUAGAGAGAGCAAAGCGACAAAGACGCUGGGAGUUAUUAUGGGUGGUUUUACAUUGUGUUGGCUUCCAUUUUUUAUAUUAGCUCUCGUUCGGCCUUUUUGUGGAGAUUCGUGUUUUAUACCCAAUUGGGUGACAUCACUUCUCACUUGGCUUGGAUACGCCAACUCUUUCUUUAAUCCAGUCAUUUACGCCAGGUUUAACAAAGAAUUCAGGACGCCCUUCAAGGAGAUUUUAUGUUUUAGGUGUAAAAAUAUCAACACACGCGUUCGUUCUGAGAGCUAUGUACAACAAUACGGCAGCCCGGAAGGGUUUCACUCUCAUGCUCAUUCCGUUCAUAGAUUAUCGAUACAACAUAGCCCAAGACUUGCGGGCGGAACCUCAGCGGCCACUGUAGUGAAAUUAAACGAUAAAGGACAUCCGUCAGUGGUGAAAUACACCAACGGCGGAACACAAGAACAUCCAACAGAACAAACAGAAGAAUCGAAACUCUGAACAUUGCAAUGCAACAUUUGGUCCCUUUAGCUUUAGCCCCUGUUCCUGGCUCUUUCUAACACCGAUAAGCUUGGAUGGGGCUAUCAUAUAUGUCUGUCUGUUUGUCUGUCUGUCUAUCUGUCUGUCUGUCUGUCUGUCUGUCUGUCCAGCUACCCCCCACCCCCUUUGUGUGUUUACAUACGUUACUUUAAAGUUAAGAAAAGGGUUUUUGGAAAUAUUCUUUAGUUGUUAUACAAGACAGUGUGCAAUCUGUCAAGUAGUUAUUUUUAUUUUUCGUCGUUGAACAUCUAUCUGCUUCUUGUUACUCCUUUGGAAUUCAUAAAAGAGAAAUCAUUCUUCUUUGUAGCGCUGGAAUCCUAACUGAAAAGUAUAUCAAUAGAAUGAUCUAUCAAAUAUCGGUUAAAGGGAUAACAACUCUUCAUUUUAGCGGGGAAAGUGCCGAAUUUUCCUGGGGUAAAAGACGAUUUUUCCCAAAAUUCUCAAUGGUUAAUGAGUCCGUUCCGACAAUUAAAGUUAGUCGAUUGUUUUUUAAAGUGUUUUUUUUUUGUAAUAAUCUCUUAUUUUUGUAAUAAUCUCUUAAGAGAUUAUUACAGAGAAGAGUCAUCUAUGAAAAGCCAUGUGGUCCGAUGACAAGCACAAAUUUCAGAAUAAUUUGGAUAACCGCAGUUUUGGUGGUGCAAUAGAAUUUAUUAUAUUUCUUUAUGUUGUUUACAAUGCAUUUAUUGUGUAAUUUUGAAUCUCAUAUGAAGAGUUGUUAUUCGUUUAUAAUAAGUACAAGGUAUCAGUCGUUGCGUUUUUAAAAUUGCAGCUUUACUAAGGGAAACAUUUUCAAAAGAUUGUGGAUUUUAAGUGGCAUCUGGUAAAGUAUUUAUUUAAUCAUUUGUU